UGAGAGCAGCCACGACCUGCAGGUCAGCCGCUCGCUGCAGCAAUGAAACCAAACCCUCCCGCUCGUGCUCAUGGAUUCCACACGCAUAUUCACACGCGCGCAUUGAUCAGCCAUGGCGGGUGAGAAGCCCGCACAGUCUAUCGCUACACCCGCACUGCAACCGCCCUUCGCUCCGCGUCCUAUCCCGCCCAAGCCUGCUGCCACCGUUACCACAUCGCACGCCUCUCUCCUCAAUGGCGCCGCAGACUACGGACAGCAGCCCGUCUUGGACUCAGCGACUAACAUUCCACUGACUGAUCUCGAGUCACUGCCCACGCUUACCGGCGACCCUUACGAACCAUUUCUCGCCAACGAGGACAUUAAGAAGUUCCUCGCCAUCGAUUUGGACCUUAAGCGGCUGAAUCGCAUACAUGGCCACCUCUGGAUGUGCGGGCGGCCCAUGCGCGCCAGAGCGCUGCACCGUUACAAGAUGCUCGGCAUGGAAGCCCUACCCACGACGCAGAUGGACCUUCAUCUGCUACGUUUUUCCAAUAAGCUGAUGAUCAAGCCUUUGGGAGAGUACAUGCUGAGCUACUCCUUCUGGCUCGACCACCUCUGCGACAAAGAGGAGUUGCACAAGGCAGCGUGCGGCUUCCUGCUCAGCUACAUUUGGCUACUUACUACACCGCUGGACCUUAAGCUCGCGCACGAGCUGUUCCUCAUCCCAAGCUUCGUCACGUGGAACUGGUGGAAAUCUUUUGUCGCAGAUUUCACAAAGGUAAUCGACGUCAGAGCCCUCGAUCAGGUGAAUAAGCGCUUCCACUUCGGUGACCUGCGCCUCGGACGUAUCAAUUCCGUGUACAGGAUUCGUUACGCUCACACGCACUUUGUCCGCGGCUACCUGUAUGGAUACAAUCGCUACGUCGUGUUUUUCCAGCGCAAGUUCAGCUGGAUCCUCGUCGUGUUUGUGUUCUUCAGCCUCGUGCUAGCUGCCAUGCAAGUUGGUGCCUCCGUGGAUCCGCUACAGCAGAAUCACGAGUUUUUGAAGAGUUGCUAUGGUUUCGUAGUGUUUAGCAUGGUGAGUGUGGCGGCGGUGUUGGGUGUCAUCGGGGGGCUAUUCUUCUUUAUUUUCUUCUUUAAUAUGGUGACUGCAAUCGGGCAGGCGAAGAGGUGGGAGAUCAAGAGGAUGAAGAUGGCGGAGGAGAGGAGACUCAAACAGGCAUGACCCUCUUGAAUAUACUAAGCUUGGAAUCGUCUAGCAUAGUGACGCGCUCAAAUGGAGUCGUUCUUCGAGUUUCAAGCUCACCAUCUC